AUGCUCCCACCGCUCGCCACGGCUCGCGAGCUUGCCGGCGCCUCGUCCGCAUCUGCCGCAGAGGAGCACCUCGUCUGCGGCAAGCUGCGCUUCUUCCACUACGCCUGCGACAGACACGACGACUGCGGCUGGGGCUGUGGCUACCGGACGGUGCAGUCGCAGCUGAGCUGGCUCGCGCCCGACACAGCGCCGCCGUCCAUCCCGGAGCUGCAGCAGGUGCUUGGCGUCGGCGCCCGCGAGUGGAUCGGCGUGCCUGACGCUGUGACCCUGCUCGACGCGCUGCACGGCGCGGCGGUGGAGGUGCUGCCGCUGGCAUCGGGCUUGGCGCUCGCCUCCGAGUGGCGGCGUCUCGCUGCACACUUUGAUGCUGGCGGCGGCCCGGUGAUGGUUGGCGGCGGCGGCGACGUCUACAGCAAGACCGUCAUCGGCGUGCGGGGUGGGGCAGCGGGCGAGCCGGAGCUUCUCAUCCUCGACCCGCACUUCAUGGACGCGGCAGCCCUCCACGCGAGCGACCUGGGCGCCGUACGCGCGGCCGGCUGGAUCGCGUGGCGGCCGAGCGGGGCCGCACUGCCCUCCGCCUCCUUCUACAACCUGGGCAUGGUCCGCCGGCCGGCGGACGGGGCCGUGCGCCGCCGCAGCGUCACGGCGCCACCGGCGACAUCCGAGCCGGCCGGUGGCUGGAGCAUAGAAGUUGUCGCGUCGGGCGAGGAGAUGUCCUGA